AUGGCGUGGACGGGGCUGUGGGUCCUGGCGCUGGGCUGCUGGGCGAGCUGGGGCGCCCGGGGGGACGGGCAGAGGCCGGCCCGGGCGCCGCUCAUCCCUCACCGGCCCUUCGUGGUGGUGUGGAACGCUCCCACCGAGCCGUGCCGCCUGCGCUUCCGGGUGGACCUGGACCUGAGGGUCUUCGACAUCGUGGCCAACGUCAACGAGACCCUGAGCGGGCCCAACGUGACCAUCUUCUACCACAGCCACCUGGGCUACUACCCCUACUACUCCAACGGCGGGCUGGCCGUCAACGGCGGGCUCCCGCAGAACCAGAGCCUCUCCAAACAUCUGAGCAAAGCCCGCGGCGACAUCGACAAGCUGAUCCCUCACAAGGACUUCCGAGGGCUGGGCGUGAUCGACUGGGAGAACUGGAGACCCCAGUGGGUGCGCAACUGGGGCGCCAAGGACAUCUACCGCAACAAGUCCAAGGAGCAGAUCCGGCGGCUCCACCCCGACUGGCCCGAGAGCAAAGUGGAGAAGGAGGCCAAGGAGAGCUUCGAGAGGGCCGGGCGGGCCUUCAUGAACGGGACGCUGGCCUUGGCCGAGGCUCGGCGCCCGCACGGCUUGUGGGGCUUCUACCUCUUCCCCGACUGCUACAACUACGGCUACAAGCAGCGGCCCCCGCCCAUGCGGCGCUACACGGGCGAGUGCCCCAACGUGGAGCACGUGCGCAACGACCACCUGAUGUGGCUGUGGAAGGAGAGCAGCGCCUUGUACCCGUCCAUCUACCUGGACUACGAGCUCAAGUCCUCGCCCGACGCCGUCAAGUUCGUCCACUACCGGGUCAAGGAGGCCAUGAGGAUCGCCUCCAUCGCGCGCCCUGACCUCACCUUGCCCGUCUUUGUCUACUCCAGACCCUUCUACGCCUACACCUUUGCCGUGCUGUCAGAGAGCGACCUGGUGCACACCAUCGGCGAAAGCGCCGCCCUGGGCGCGUCCGGGGUCGUCCUCUGGGGUUCGUCCGAGUACGCCAGAUCGCAGAGGAACUGCGUGACGGUCAAGACGUACAUCGACGGCGCGCUGGGCCACUACGUGGUCAACGUGACGUCGGCCGCCAAGCUGUGCAGCAAAGCGCUGUGCAAGAAGAACGGCCGCUGCGUGCGCAAGAGCCUGGACUCGGGCGCCUACCUGCACCUCAACCCGCGAUCCUUCAGCGUCCGCCGGCGGGCGGCGGCAGCGGGCCCCCGCUUCCACGUGGCUGGCCGCCUCCACCGCCGGGACGUCCUGGACAUGAAGCACAAGUUCAGCUGCCAGUGCUACCAGGGCUGGACGGGGGUCCACUGCGAGGUUCCCCGGGUAGCCCGCCCGCCGGGGGACCUCUUCUCGCUCCUCCGCCGCCACAUCUCCUGCCUGUGCACGGUGACGCUUCUGGGCAUCUGUCUUCUCGUCAAGUGUCUCUUUGUCUAA